AUGCAACAGAAGCUGUGUCCACAUGAUGUUGUGACUGGAUCAGUGAAGACCUCCAGACAGAUGGAGCAGAGGAACUGCUCCUCACAGAGCGUGAAGCUCACUGCUGCCAUCACUGCAACAAGAGAUGUUGAGCUCAGGCUGUGGUCCUUACCGUCAGAGCAGAGCCAGACUGAUGCUCCUGCUGUCCCUGCUGUCCCGUGGAUGUCCUCCUCUGCUCUUGCCCCACAGGCCCGCCCCCUCUCCCCCAUAGCCCCGCCCCCUGGGAGAGGAUGCUGCAGCCCCAUCCUUCCUGCUCUCCCCACGCUUCUGCUCUUUGUCUACACGCUUCCUUUCUCGCUUGUUUUAGAUGAUUCCCGGACUCCCACAUGUUCUCCGGCUGUGCCCUGGCCUCCCGCUCUUUACCCCCGUCUCCAACAUAGACUCUCCCAGGAGGUCUGCCAACAGCCAUGGGGCCCGUGCACAGACUCUCCCAAUGCCCCGGUGGUCUCCCUAUAG